AUGUCACUAUUAGUGCGUCUACUUGCGAUUACUUGUGUAUUCCUGGCAGUAUUUGCGAAGCCCCACAUCACCGAGGCGGAGAAGAAUGCCUUCGUCAGCCACGUCAAAACCAACACGUCCGGUCUGUACUUUGUCGACCUGAAAACGGAUGCUAGCGAUGAAGCCGAGGACCAAGACACGAAGGCCAAGCGGGCCGUUGCUGACCCAGAACCUCCACGCGCCGCUCCAGAAUCCGCGGAAGACGUCGACAGCUCGGAGGAGAAC